AUGCGGCUUACGGAUGCGGCCACAAGGCCUCAUCAUGGAACACCAGAAAGCCAUGAGCUUUUGUACGAGCGCGAUGGCGCGCAGAGGUAUGAUGAAGAGGCGGCUAUCAAAGACAGCUGUCGUGGCAGCGUCCAAGAACGUACAACACAUCUAUUCAGGGCUGGGGAAAAUGAUGCGAGACCAGGACAGCGAACACCACACGCCCCUCUUUCCAAACGUGAAACAAGUCGUCUCCAGAAACGCGAUUGGCCACACGAAUCCUUUUCCUUUGGAUCAUUCCUCCCACACUUUACAACACCGAAACUCACACUACGCACUGUCAUCAUGGUGGCUUUCGGCGCUGGAGCGUUUCUCCUGACGCUGCGCGUUCUCCUUUCCGCAACUCCAUCUUCUGCCGUCCCUGUUGCUCAAGCACCAGCUGCCCCAGCACCAGCAGCGCCGGCUGGUGGCUCUGGUUUCUGGAUGCAGAGUAUCAAGCGUCAAGGCCAGGCUGCUUUCAACCCCAACCCACAAUCCUACCAAGUCUUCCGUAACGUCAAGGAGCUGGGAGCCAAGGGCGAUGGCGUUACUGACGAUACUGACAUCAUUAACAAGAUUAUCGCUGACGGUGACCGUUGUGGUGAGGGCUGCGACUCCACAACCACUACCCCCGCUCUCAUCUACUUCCCUGCCGGUACCUACAUCAUCAGCAAACCCAUCAUUCAAUACUACUACACCCAGUUCAUUGGUGACCCAUUGAACAUGCCUGUCUUGAAGGCCACUGCCGACUUCGAAGGUAUGGGCUUGAUCGAUGCCGACCCCUAUAUCCCUGGUGGCGAUGGAGCCAACUGGUACACCAACCAGAACAACUUCUACCGUCAGGUCCGCAACUUUAUUAUCGACAUAUCUGCCACAAAGGUCGCUGCUGGUAUCCACUGGCAAGUCUCCCAAGCCACUAGUCUGCAAAACAUUGUUUUCGAGAUGGCCAAGGGCGACGCUGGCAAGGACCAGAAGGGUAUCUUCCAGGACAACGGCUCUGGUGGUUUCAUGACCGACCUGACCUUCAACGGUGGUGCUAUUGGUGCUUUCAUGGGUUCCCAGCAAUUCACCAUCCGCAACAUGACUUUCAAUGACUGCGGUACCGCCAUCUUCCAAAACUGGAACUGGGUCUUUACCUACAAGAGCAUCUUCAUCAACAACUGCAAGGUCGGUCUCGACAUGGCCAACAGCCCUUCUAACCAGACCGUUGGUUCUGUUCUCUUGCUUGACAGCAAGCUCACCAAUACUCCAAUUGGCAUCAACUCCUCUUUCACUGCGAACAGCAUCCCUACCACUGGCGGUACUCUCAUCCUGGACAAUGUUGACUUCAGUGGAUCCGAGAAGGCUAUUGUCGGUGCUGCCGGCAACACCAUCCUUGAAGGUGGCCGCAAGAUCGAUGCCUGGGCUCAAGGUAACGCCCUUGCUGCUGGAUCCACCCAGGGCCGUGUUCAAGGCGAUAUCAGUGGUGCACCUGCAAAGCCUAAGAGCCUUCAGGGCGAGAAUGGUUGGUUCGAGCGCAGCAGGCCCCAGUAUGAGAAUGUGGAUGUCUCCAAGUUUGUCAGCCUCAAGUCUAAGGGUGCCAAGGGUGACGGUGCGACUGAUGAUACUGCCGCUCUCCAGUCUGCUAUUGAUGGCCUUCAGGAAGGCGAGAUCCUCCAUGUCGACCACGGUACCUACCUCAUCACCAAGACCGUUACCAUUCCCGCUGAGAAGAAUGUUAAGAUUGUUGGCGAAGUCUACAGCACCCUUCUCAUCACCGGCGAGUUCUUCUCUAACAUGAACGAUCCCCAGCCUGGUUUCAAGAUUGGCGCCAACAGCGGCGACAAGGGCACUUUUGAGGCUUCUGAUCUCAUCAUCGGUACCCAGGGUCCCGCUCCCGGUGGUAUCUUGAUGGAGUGGAACAUCAACGCGGAGAAUGGUGCAGCCGGUCUCUGGGACGUUCACUUUCGUGUCGGUGGCUACGCUGGUACCAAGCUCCAGUCCUCCAACUGCAAGAAGAACCCCGAUACCGAACAUCAGCCCAACCCAGAGUGCAUCGGUACCUUCAUGCAGCUGCACAUCACCAAGAACUCGAACGGCUACUUCGAAAACGUCUGGCUCUGGACUGCCGACCACGAGCUCGACCAAGAUGACCACGCUCAGAUUGACAUCUACAACGGUCGUGGUAUGCUUGUUGAAUCUCAAGGUCCAGUCUGGAUGUACGGAACCGCCUCUGAGCACUCUCAAAUGUCGCAGUACCAGUUCUCUGGCGCAAAAGACAUCUUCUAUGGCGCUAUUCAAACCGAGACUCCCUACUACCAGCCAAACCCCACUGCUGACGUUCCUUUCACCAAGAACGAUAAGUUCUUUGAUCCGGAUAUGAGCCAAGCCAAGGCUGCAUGGGCCGUUCGCGUCACUGACGGUAGCGAGAGCAUCUGGAGCUACGGCGCGGGUACCUACUCGUUCUUCCAAAACUACGCACAGGAUUGUGUUGUUAGCCAGAAUUGCCAAGAAAACAUUAACGAAGUUGUCAACUCAACCAAUGUCAACUGGUUUGGUCUUUCGACAAAGGCCUCGGUCAACAUGAUCACCUCGGGUGGCAAGGGUCUAGCUAAGGAUGAGGACAACCGCUCCAACUUCUGCGCUACACUGGCUAUCUUUGCGCAAGCAUGAAGUGUUGUUCGUAUAUGACAUGAUGACUGGACCCAUUUUACUUUCUUGCCCACCGACUUUUGGAGGGACCUCUUUUUCUUCUUCUUCUUCUUCUUCUUUUUUGUGUGUACAGCGUAUCAACAAAUACAUAUGCCCUUUUGUCUUUUGUGUCUUCCUCGUAUUUUACAGGAAGCACUUCACACUCGCUUUGGGAGGAAACUGCUUCAAUCGAUAUACAUAUAUACCCCAGGGCAUGCAACAGUGGACGAAAGGGACUUGAUGAAGGAAUAUGGGAGUUUAGGGCUGGCUCCUAUGUAUAUUUUUUUUCUUUUAUGUUUGAACCAAGGUAGACGAAAAUCACAACGUUUUUCAUCCCGAUUUUU